CCUAGAGGAGGAAAAAUGGAGAAAGUAAUACCUGGAGUAACAUUGAAUUCUGGAAGUGUGAUGCCUGUAUUAGGUAUGGGCACUGCUGCAUACCCACUCGUUGAAUCAGAAGAAGUGAAAUUGGCGAUUUUGAAUGCUAUCAAGAAUGGUUACAGACAUUUAGAUACCGCUGCUCUUUACCAGUCUGAAGAAUCUCUUGGUGAAGCUGUAUCUGAAGCAAUUCAAAUUGGUUUAACAAAAUCUCGAGACGAACUCUUUAUCACUUCUAAGCUAUGGUCCUGUGAUGCACACCCUGACCGUGUCGUCCCCGCUCUUCAGAACUCUCUAAGGAAGUUAAAGUUGGAGUACCUUGAUCUAUAUCUGAUACAUUGGCCAUUAAGCUCGAACCCAGCCGCAGGGCAUGCGUUAUUCCUGCCAAAGGAUUCUUUGCUUACGAUGGAUUACAAGUCUGUAUGGACAGCUAUGGAAGAGUGUCAAAAACUUGCACUACAAAACAAUGUUGGUCUUAAAAAGUCAAUAGGUGUCGACAACUUUUCUUGUAAGAAGCUUCAAACCCUUUUGGACACUGUUAAAAUCCCUCCAGCUGUUAACCAAGUGGAGAUGAACCCGGUUUGGCAGAACUUGAAAUUGAGGGACUUCUGCAAGGCUAACAAUAUCAUUCUCACUGCCUACUCACCUUUAGGAGGGAAGGGAACCCCUUGGGGGUCCAAUGCAGUCCACGAGGAGCGAGUUCUGCAUGAAAUUGCUGAGGCUAAAGGGAAAACUCAUGCACAGGUGUGUCUGAGAUGGAUAUUCGAGCAAGGAGUGAGCCUUCUAGUGAAGAGCUAUAAUAAGCAGAGGAUGAAGGAAAACAUGAUGAUUUUCGAUUGGGAACUGACUCAAGAUGAACUAGAAAAGAUAAGCAAAAUCCCACAGAGAAGAGGACUCCCAGGUGAUAUUUUUGUCUCAGAACUUGAAGCGGCGCCUUUCAAGACUAUCGAAGAAUUAUGGGAUGGAGAGGUUUGAUUCAACACGGUUUUUGUAUGCCGCUUGAAUCAGAUCACGCAACACAAUGCUUACAUAGGACAUUUGCCUCACUGGUUCAAAUAUAUUGUCAAGGAUAGCAGAACCAUUCUACCGCAACAGACUCAGCUGAGUCAGUCAGAUAAUAAAUAGGCUAAAAACUUGUUCUCUUCUGUUAACUUUGUUAUUCAGUUUUUGACUCUGUUUUAAACUCUAUCUUUGUAACAACCUCUGAGUAUGAAUAAGAGUUUCAUCUCCACUAGUUAACUGUGGAAGAUAUUC